AAGCCGGAACGAGCGAGACGCAGCAGAAAAUCUCAAGAUCGAAGAAACAGUGAAAUCGAAGAAUUGAAGCACAAGCUUCUCCAUCUUUGCAAUCUCUCUCUCUAUCCAUUUCCGCAACACCCCUCUCUCUCUCUCUCAAUCGCAUGUAUCGUUUUCCCAAUCCGAGGAGAGAGAGGCGACGCGUCUGCUGAAGCAUAUCUCCGGAAUCGUCGGCGAAGUCUAAAGCGGCGAGAAGAGACACGAUUUCGUUUUAGUGAGGUAAACAAAAAAUCUGGCGAAAGUGGAGGGCCUAAGGGCGAGGCCGUGGCUGAAGCCAGGAGCUUGUAUUAAUGGAGGUCAAUAUGGCUACGACGGUGCGGAGGAUGAUCAUUCGAGCCCUUGGUGGCGCCGUCGCCUCAGAUCCUUGUAUGUGGCGGCGAUGUCAUUCUCUCCAUCCACUUUUCGAAUCGCAAUCUCUCUGCUCCUCCUUGUUGUUAUCAUCACCGCCUUCACUUUUCUCCCUGUCGAGCAGAAAUUGAAGGACUUCUUGUUAUGGAUUAAGGAAGAUCUUGGACCUUUUGGUCCACUUGCAUUGGCAUUGGCUUAUAUUCCUCUCACAAUUGUGGCGGUUCCUGCUUCUGUACUCACGCUAGGUGGUGGUUAUCUUUUUGGCCUGCCAGUAGGAUUUGUAGCCGACUCUCUUGGAGCUACAUUAGGUGCAACAGCGGCAUUUCUGCUUGGUAGAACGAUUGGUAGAUCUUAUGUCACCUCAAAAAUAAAGCAUUAUCCAAAGUUUCAAGCUGUUUCAGUCGCAAUUCAAAAAUCUGGCUUCAAGAUAGUCUUGCUGCUACGCGUUGUCCCCAUACUGCCCUUCAAUAUGUUGAAUUACCUCCUAUCUGUAACCCCUGUUCGCUUAGGGGAAUACAUGCUGGCCACUUGGUUGGGAAUGAUGCCCAUUACGUUUGCGCUAGUUUAUGUUGGAACUACUCUUAAAGAUCUUUCUGAUAUUACACAUGGAUGGCAUGAGGUGUCAGUAUUUCGUUGGGUAAUUAUGAUGGUUGGCGUUGCUCUAGCUGUAAUCCUAAUAAUAUGCGUAACAAGAGUGGCGAAAUCAUCCUUGGACAAAGCAUUGGCUGAUAAUGGCAUUGAUUUAGAUGGGAAGAAGAAUGACGACGCUUCUGUGCUCCCCAUCGCAGAACCACCAUCGGAUCUACAACAGGAGUCCCUCGUUAUCAGGAUCGACCCAUCCAAUACACUUGAAUAGGAAAAAGACCAGAAGAAACCUCUCGAGUUUGUAAAUUUCGCGAAAUUUUUUUACGGAGGAGAAUGUUAGAUACGUUUUUGUAUAGCAUCAUCAUAUAUAGAGAGAGAGAGAUUCAUAAUACCAAUUUAAUCACCGUUUAAUCCUAUUUUUCUUCCUUCAA